GUCCUGUAGGCGCAGCAGCAGCAGAUUCCGUCAGACUUCAUCCGCUCGGCUCAGGAAGAGAAAUCAACCAUCUCUCAGAGCACUGCAAAUAUCACAGGCUUUAAAUCCAGAAAUCACAUUAAGCCUGGGAGGAAUACCGCGAUCUACGGGAACAGGGGAUGUUCAGUCUUGCAUCGUAAGGAAGAUUGCCUUGCCCACCUGACAAAUGAGGACGACUCAUUGUACAGGGAUCAUGAGGGCUGCGCUUUCGUGAGAUAUCAAAGGAUUCUGGUAAUGUGCCAUGGGGUACGACGUCACCAGGUUCCAAGGAGAGGUGGACGAGGAUCUGUUAUGUCCCAUCUGCAGCGGGGUGCUGGAGGAGCCAGUGCAGGCCCCGCAUUGUGAGCAUGCUUUCUGUAACGCCUGCAUCACACAGUGGUUUGCACAGCAGCAGAUCUGUCCUGUGGACCGCUCCGUGGUGACUCUUGCCCAUCUUCGACCCGUUCCCCGAAUCAUGCGUAACAUGCUUUCCAAGCUGCAGAUCUCCUGUGAUAACGCCGGCUUCGGCUGCACGGCCACUCUUCGGCUCGACCAGCUGCAGUCACAUCUCAAGGACUGCGAGCACAACCCUAAACGACCCGUCACGUGUGAAGAAGGCUGCGGGUUAGAAAUGCCCAAAGAUGAGAUGCCCAAUCACAAAUGUAUUAAGCACCUACGCAGCGUGGUGCAGCAACAGCAGACCAAGAUUGCAGAUCUAGAGAAGACUGCAGCUGAGCACAAGCACCAACUUGCAGAACAGAAACGUGACAUCCAGCUCUUGAAAGCUUACAUGCGAGCGAUACGAAGCGCUAACCCUAACUUACAGAACCUGGAGGAGAGCAUAGAGUACAAUGAGAUCCUAGAGUGA